AAUCUUAGGUUUUAUUGAGAACCCGAAUAUUUCCCGAACACAUUACAAGACUUAAACUUAGAAGUCCAACUGCAACGAAAAACGCAUUGAACUGUGGCACAGGGCGCCAACGAGUACGAGUUAUACAAACUGUACUGACUCCUCGUUUCUUUCGGAUGGACUGCGACACGAAUCGAGUUUACGCCGAUGUUCAAGAGACGUCUAGAAAGACGUGUUUGCACCAGCCCGCCACAGAUAAUUUUUCCACCACAAAACGGUUGGAAAAUUUCCUGUUACGAUAUCACAGUCACCUUGAAGUUGAGCUGUGGUGACGAACUGAUGACAAUUCGUGGAUUUUCAUGGAGAAAAUGUUGACCUUCUGAGUUGGAAAUCUGCGGGAGUUCAACUCUGGGGCGAGUUUGUGUGUAACUGCUGAUUUGUAAUGCAUCUUAUGCAGCAGCAGGGGCGGGUUCUGUGUACUUCAAUCAAUUCAAAGCUCUGAACUUUGAAAUCUGAUUCUGAAGCGCAACAGGGGAAAACUUUGAUGACAAGAUGGCGGAUUACAGAGCCAGACGGCGUGAGAGGCUCAGCCCCGAGAACAACGGCGAAGCAGACGACCUAGACACGCCUGGGUCUUCGUCCAAGCUGGAAGUAGGCAGCGAGAGCAGAGUGGCGGCCCGGCGGAGAGAACGAGCGGCUGCCAUGGCGGCAGACACCGGGUCGCCUGGGGAAGCGGACGCAGACAGUCACGGUGCGGCAGGCGGGGGAGGCGCUGGGGCCGGUCGAAGAGCGGGAAAGGACAAGAAAAGCGCAGACGGUUCCAAAGGCGGCAGGUUUGCUCACAGAAAAAGGGAAAAAAGACGGGGUACAGGAGUGGUUGUACUACAGGAUGAGGACACCGCCAAUGCUACAGCCAAUGUCAAAACCAACACAGAUUACAAUGAGGACAUUGCCAAGAAAGCUGAUGAUCACAAUGGAACAACUAAUUCCUAUGAGACGCCCACUCACAGAAGGCAAGCCACACCCAUCAGGGAUGACGAAUCAGCCAAUGGCAGCAGUGAAGUCUCUAGGAUACGUGCCAGAAGGAGACACGCCAGAGAAAGCCUCGACAGCAACAACCCAAGCAGCCCCUCCUCCCCGAGGUCGAUACUACGGAGGGAUGUGGACGGGAGGUCAGCAGAGGAAUGGAAGAGGAUGUAUGAGCGCGAACAUCGGGAGAACCGACGGCUGACCCGGAGGCUACACGAGGCUGAGGAGAGAGUAGCACGCUUGGAAGAUGAAAUCCAAAUACUGACAGAAGAUCUUGAGGUAGUUGACGAAGAGCUGGACCGGUCCAGGGAAGAGAACCGUGCAUUAAACAAGGCAAUGGCUCAACUACGAAGUUAAUUCAUCUUGUUAACUAACCAGCUUCUCUUUAGGAACAAAAUAAAGUUGAUGUAAAUAGCUCGAGGGAAAAUUAAACGACCGAGCCGAGUGUGGAAAAUACAGGAUCUGAAAGCAAGAUAGUUGGCAAGGUAGUUAUUUCACAGUGCCUUCAUUAGUCUCUGCACCAUCAAAAGGGUAGUGUACGCUGACGGUAUCUUUUCUGCUUUCUGCCUAUGAACACAUGUAUUCAGUAAGAGUGUAUUCAGAUAGCACACAAUUUCAGCAUCCAUUACUUGAGAAUUAGUUUAAAGAGCCAAACACCUCUUUGCCAUGUACUGGGUAAUCUAGCAGUCACUUCCAGCACUAUAAGCCCCAAGAGGAAUAAAGACCAUCUACUCCCCCCAAAAAGAAAAUCCUCCUUGAUCGAUCAGAAAUCAGUGUUAAACCCUUUUGCCUUGUUGGGUCACAGUGCCAGCCAGAAAUAACACCAGUGAGCCAUUGUGGUUUGUGUUACUGCCCUGGGUGGGAUUAUUCACCACAAAAACCUUGUACCUUGCUCAGGGCCUAUGAAAAAUUUAGGGCCCACAGAAAACUCCAGGGUUUGCAAAAUUACCACAAACACAUCAGUACUCCUCCAAUUUCCAUUCAAAGAACUGUUUCAGAAAACUGGAACAAUUUUUUUCUGCAAACUAGCAGAAAUCAACUAAUUGCAUUUUUAAAACUAGCUGUCACUGAUCUAG